AUUAGUGGAGGGGACAAUCUGUACUUAAAUUUAUCAAUUUUACUAUGUAGAUGACCAGAGCGGCGGUAUAAUCGGUGACGUGUUGUUCAAAUGAAAUCGUAUCAAUUUGUUAUCGAAUUUAAAAAUUUAUAUUAACUGAUACGGUGUACUAUAAAAUUGUUUUUUAUAAUUUCUUCAACAAAUAUGAGUUACGUUUCGAAAGAACAAGACUACGUUUUCCAAUCACCAUUACAUGUAAAUAGUUGCAUGCCCGAUAGAGCAUUUAAAUGUCCUUGGACGAAAGAUAUUCAAAAAACAGAGAGGUCACCUCAUAGCAAAUGGAACUGGAAGCCCAACACAUCAAACGUGUUUCCUGAUGUCUUGGCAGCUACAGGAAACACACCGAUGAUAAAAUUAAAUAAAAUACCUAAGACUGAAAAUGUGGAAUGUGAAAUUUAUGGUAAAUGUGAAUUUUUAAAUCCAGUUGGUUCAGUAAAAGAUCGCAUGGUUAUUAGAUGCAUCGAAGAUGCAGAACGAAGCGGUUUGUUGAAACCUGGUGCAACUAUAAUUGAAGCCUCCUCUGGCAACACUGGCAUAUCUGUAGCAUGGGCAGCGUCCGUCAAAGGGUACAAGUGUAUUAUAGUAUUGAUAGAUAAAAUUUCUAUCGAAAAAGAAAAUUUAAUAAAAGCAUUCGGUGGGAAAGUACUAAGAGUUUCGGCGUCGAAGGAUCCUACUUGCGAAGAAGGAUUAUUUGGUACAGUCCAUAGACUGUACAAAACAAUACCUAAUUCGAUAGUUUUCGAUCAGUUUAGCAAUCCAUCCAAUCCCAUCUCGCACUACGAUACAACAGCCGAGGAAAUUUUUCACCAAUGUGGCGGACAGGUGGAUAUGAUAGUUAUGGGAACUGGUACCGGAGGUACGCUUACGGGUAUUAGCAGAAAAUUUAGAGAAAUUUCUCCUAAUACACUAAUAAUAGGAGCAGAUCCCUAUGGAUCAAAGUUUGCUCAACCAUCUGAAAUUAACGAAACGGAUGUAAAAUUUAUCGAAAUAGAAGGAAUAGGAUUUGAAAUGAUCGCAACGGUAUGUGACAGAAGUCAAGUAGAUAAAUGGUAUAAAUUGUACGAUAAGGAUUCACUUAAUAUGUCUAGAAGGAUGAUUAGGGAAGAAGGACUAUUAGUCGGAACAAGCAGUGGCGUGAUAAUGGCGGGGGCUUUAAAAGCCAUCAAAGAUUUUAAAUUGGGAAAGGGAAAAAAAGUUGUAGUUCUUUUACCGGAUGGCACUAGAAAUUACCUAACCAAAUUCGUUAGAGAACAAUGGAUGGAACAAAGAGGCUUCAUACCUUGUAUAAAUACCAAUAAUCACUGGUGGUGGGAUUUAAAUGCUACCGAAAUAAAAACAAAGCCUUUAAAAAAUGUUUCGGUAACUACAUCGUUGGAAGAUGUUUUGGUUGUUAUGAACGAACUAAACGUGGACUAUUUACCCGUUGAGGAGGAUGGGAUUCUUGCUGGCAUAGUGAGCAGAAAAAAUAUUACAAAUGAAUUAAUAUCUUGUAAUACACCGAAAGAAGAAGUUAAACAAACCAUCGAACGGAUGUACUCAAAGUUACCCAAAGAUAGUAAUGUUGGUCUAGUAUCGAGAGUUCUGGAAGCAGAAAAUUACGUGGUACUUCUAGAGUCUCAAGAUGGCAUCGAUAAAGCAUUAAAAAUCAUAACAUCAGACGAUGUUCUAAGUUUUAUACAGAGCAAGAAUGAAAAAUAGGAUUAUAAAAGAUUUAAAUAUAUAUUAAUUAUUACAGUUCUUACGAUGUUAUUAUUUCUCCUAAAAUUUAUUUCACUUCAUUACUAAAAUCACAAUAUAACUUCAAGAAACAAAA